GGUAGACGUUCCGAGAUCACACCUCACGAAGCAUCACAUGUACGUAAUGAACCAGGUACCGUAACUUUGAUAGAUACGGUGAGGGGUGGCAGUAUAAAGACCCGAGCUGUCUUCUGGUCAUCAGUCUUAGCGUGGGCUGCCGUUUGGGAAACAGUCGGAAUUUUAAGCAUUUCUUUGACUCACCAGAAUGAUGCACUUCAAGGUUCUCAUGUGCCUGGGAUUUCUGACAGUCGGUGUCCGCGAAGUGAUGUCUGCCUACGGUGGAGGAGCAUGUAAUUUGCCCGCUGCAGCUCCCGGGGCCACUACACAAUGUACUGGAACAGCCAAUGGCUUCUGUGCGCUUGAUACCAUUUCCACCACAGCCCCUGUCGCUACCACAGGGAAAUGUGUCUGUUACUAUGGCUACAGUGGAACAGCUUGUGCAACUUACACGGAUCCAAACUCAUCAUCCUCAUCAUCAAGCGCAAAUAACGUCAUUGGUGCUUUGGCGUUAGGGGGUCUUGGCGCUUAUGCCUUGAGUCAGCUCGGUGGUGGUGCAUCACAAACCCCACUGGGCAUUGGUCCAGGAUCGGAAGCAGCCCAAGACGCCUUUUACCUCCGACAAUCAGUGAACCCGGGAUUCGGCAAAUGAAUAUAUUUUAUAAACUGUUGAAGACGCCCGUGAAUGCAUUAAAAUGGCUGGUAGAAAGUAAAUACUGUUUCU